CACAAUUUUAUCUCUGUAUUCGAGUAGCAGUUAAAGCAUAAAAAGCGGUUUUGCGUGUUUUCCUACUAUUUUUUGCGCAUUGUUGAUUACCCUCGAAGUUAGUUGGCGAUAGGCAAAAGAAAAGGCCAACAAUACACGUGCGUUUUUCCCCUACCUAAAACCGAAUUGGCCAAUCUUGCGCUGCUCUUCUCCCUCUUCAUCGAAAGGAAAUUCGCCUGCGGCAUGUGCUUUUUGUCUUUAUAUUUUAUAUUGCACUAUUGUCUGAAUUUGGCCGGAAUUUGCUGUGUGAUGUAUUUUCGGUUUUUUAUGUAAAGUGGUAAUUCUGGAAUUUUAACUAUUGACUUUUUUUACUUAUCGGUAAUAUUGUGCCUAAAAAUUAAGUUUCCACGAUGCCGGCUUUACAAAAGUUGUUGAAUCCAUUGCAAAAGUCCGAUUGCCUCAAUCACGGUUACGCUGAAAUCCUUCAGAAGCAUUCCAUUAAUUCGUUAUUGGAUCAAUCUGAAAUGCUGUCGGCGAACAAAGCAGGUGAGAACAUGUCGUCCAUAUCGGAAUUGUUGGGAUUGAAUUCGCCGCGGGGAUUGCUCGGUUUCGGAAACAAUUCCAAAGAGAUGUAUUCCUACGCGUCACCGGAUGCUCCCAGUUUUCCCAGUUUGCAGUUAGAUUUAGAUGAUUCGAAAUUCCAAUCGAACACCGUCAAUUAUUCGUCGGUAAUUUCCACGCCUAGCGCCCUACAAUACAACAGAAACGUGUCGCUGGGCAGCGCCGGUUCCAGUCCCUGUACCUCGACAUCGCCCAGUUACUUUUCCGCCCGGUCGCUGAGAAGCACGUCCUUGAGCGAUAGCUGCGGCAGCAACAGCCCGACCUUUCACGAGCAUCUGAACUACUCGAGGAGUAAUUCGCCAGAAUCGGAUCUAAACGUUAAUGAGUUAUUCAAUUCGUUGAAUUUGAACGAUAACGUCUCGAGGAAUCUGUUUUGCAACGGUUCCAACGAUUUGGACAUUACCAAUCUGCAGCAAUUGCAAGCCUUCCAAACUCUCAAGUAUCUACAGCAGCCAGCCAGUCCAGCCAUACUCAACUCUUUGCUGCCGUCCGCUUGUUCGCACAACAACGUACAGCAAAUACUAGACAAGUGGAACUUGAAUUUUAUCCCGGAGAAUCUCCAGCUAGACAGGGCGGCUCGCUUCCAUCGUUCCGCAGCUUCUCUGUAUGACGCCACGUGUACGUGGAGCGGCGUCCUGCCGCCUCGCUCUAACGUCAAGCCGAUCGGGUACUCGAGCAAAGUGUUCCUCGGCGGUUGUCCUUGGGACAUAACCGAGCAGAUGCUGAUACAGACGUUCAAACCGUUCGGACCGAUUCGCGUCGAAUGGCCGGGUAAGGACAAGGCCGCCUCCCAGCCCAAGGGGUACGUUUACAUCAUCUUCGAAUCGGAGAAGAACGUGAAGGCUUUGCUGCAAUCGUGCACGAACGAUUACACGGACGGCGGGAAUUGGUACUAUACCAUUAGCUCGAAACGAAUGAAAUCCAAAGAGGUACAAGUGAUUCCUUGGAUCAUCAACGAUUCCAAUUUCACGAAAUCGACGUCCCAAAAAUUGGAUCCGAGUAAAACUGUGUUUGUGGGAGCGCUGCACGGCAUGUUGAAUGCGGAAGGACUAGCGCAAAUUAUGAACGAUCUUUUCGAUGGUGUUGUAUAUGCAGGCAUCGACACCGAUAAAUACAAAUACCCGAUAGGUUCCGGCCGUGUAACAUUCAACAAUCAGAUAUCCUACACCAAAGCCGUAAACGCGGCCUUUAUCGAGAUAAAAACGGCCAAAUUUAUUAAAAAGGUUCAAGUAGAUCCGUACUUGGAGGAUUCGCUGUGCUCCAUAUGCCAAGUUCAGCAGGGACCCUAUUUUUGUAGGAAUAUGAAUUGUUUCCGGUACUUUUGCCGCACUUGUUGGCAAUGGCAGCACAUCAACGAGUUCCGCCAUCACAAGCCGCUCAUGAGGAAUUCGAAGAACAAUCAAGUGGUUGGAUUGGGAGUGUCUAACAAUCCGGUAUCGUCUCCGACUACGACUCCCAACAAUCUGUUUGGCUUGCCGAAGCUGUAAAAAGCCUAUUUUCGUUUGUUGAAGGUGGUGGUGAUGAUACUGUAUUGUUUUAAGCAUGCUGCAUGCAGUUUUAGGGUAGUUUAAUUUAAUUUUGUUUUUAUUGUUUCAUUUGACUGAGUUCUACUGAUUUUACUUUGUUUUUGUUUUUAUAGUUUGUUUUAGACGAAUUUUAAUUUUUAUUAUGUUUGGUGUUGGUGUUUAUUUUUUAGUUAUUUGGUAGAGUUACCUAUUAUUAUCUGGUGAUAAUUUAGUUUUAAUAAUACUACCAAAUAUUGUUUAUUUAAUAAGAGAUGUUUGCAAAUAUUUUGUAUCGUAAUUCUCUCAUUUUGCUAAUCAAUUAAAUUGAGAAGUAAUGUACUUCUGAAAAAAAAUUGAAUUGUAAAUUUCA